UAAAUUUCUGGGAGUUACUGUUUAACAAUGUUUGCCAAUCUGGAAUUAAUUGAAGAGCUGUUGCAUGACGUAAGACUGAAGUUGUGGAAUUAAUUUGGGGCAGGGCAGGGCUGUGCUGUCUCUAGAGCUGACUUUUCAGUCUGCCAUGCAGAGUAACUAGUGAUCGACGUAACGCUUGUAGCUGUUCUCAGACCUUCCAUCCAAAGGGCUAUCUUUUAGGUCAACUGGAAACUUCUUCAAAUUGAGUGUAGGAGUAUUCUGUCAGGAAACAACUUUUUGUUCUAGUGGACCAACAGCUUGGAUAUUGCAAUGGCUACAGUUUUCAACAUCGUACUGUUUGUCUCAAAGAUGCUGGUAUUGGGUCGUCUGCAUGUUCUUAACAUCUGACUGGCUUGCAUUGUUGGAAACAAUGGUUUUGGAGGAUCUACCUAACUUAAAAGAUACAUGUGCCUACUUGUACUCCUCAACUAUGGAAGACUUGGAGGUGGAUUUUGAUUCAGGACUGGAAGAAGAUGAACUGAAACAGGAGACUGCUCCUGAAGAUUCCACAAUCUUUGUAGCUUUUAAAGGAAAUAUAGAUGAUAGAGACUUUGAACAGAAACUAAGUAUCAUAUUGGAGAAUGUACCUGGCCUUUUACACAUGGAAUCCAGCAAGUUAAAACUGCAGAAGAUAGAACCUUGGAACAGCGUACGUGUUACGUUUAAUAUACCCCGUGAAGCUGCAGAGCGGCUGCGAAUUUUGGCUCAGAAUAAUAACCAACAGCUUCGUGAUCUGGGAAUUCUCUCAGUUCAGAUUGAAGGGGAAGGUGCUAUCAAUUUAGCUUUAGCUCAAAAUAGAAGCCAAGAUGUCCGAAUCAAUGGGCCCCUGGGAGCAAACAGUUCUGUACGGAUGGAAACAGGAUUUCCCAUGCAAGGGGGCCAAGGUUUAAUAAGAAUGAGCAAUGCUGCAGCCGUCAUGAUGUCCCAGAGUGGAAAUGUACAGUCCUCUAUGGUGGCAAGUGGUGCUAGUACUGAGCUGCAGCCAAGAACACCUCGACCUUCCUCACAGCCAGAUGCAAUGGACCCACUCUUAUCUGGGCUAAAUAUCCAGCAGCAAAAUCAUCCAUCUGGAUCUUUAGCUCCGCAGCUCCAUUCAAUGCAAUCAGUUCCUGUAAACAGGCAAAUGAACUCGGCCAACUUUCAGCAACUACAGCAACAGCCACAGUUGCAGACACGUCCUCCCCAGCCACAUCAGCAGCCACAGCAGGGUAUUCGACCUUCAUUUACUUCACCAGCACAGGUUCCAGUUCCCCCUGGCUGGAAUCAGCUUCCUUCUGGAGCACUUCAGCCUCCUCCAACCCAGGGAGCAUUGGGUACAUUGACAGUAAACCAGGGAUGGAAAAAGGCCCCAUUGCCUGGACAAAUGCAGCAGCAACUUCAAGCAAGACCAUCUUUAGCAACAGUACAAACUCCUACCCACCCUCCACCUCCAUAUCCUUUUGGAAGCCAGCAAGCUUCCCAGGCUCACUCAAACUUUCCCCAAAUGAGCAGUUCUGGCCAAUUUACUGCUCCUCAAAUGAAAACACUUCAGGGAGGGCCCUCACGGGUUCCUACACCACUACAGCAACCCCACCUGACCAGCAAGUCUCCUGCUUCCUCUCCCUCCUCCUUCCAGCAGGGAUCUCCUGCAUCAUCUCCAACAGUUAACCAAACACAGCAGCAGAUGGGACCAAGGCCUCCCCAGAGUAGCACACUUCCCCAGGGAUUUCAACAGCCUGUCAGUUCUCCUAGCCGUAAUCCUAUGGUGCAACAAGGGAAUGUACCCCCCAACUUCAUGGUGAUGCAGCAACAAAACCAGGGUCCACAAGGUUUACACCCUGGCUUAGGAGGAAUGCCCAAGCGCCUUCCACCUGGGUUCUCUGCAGGCCAGGCUAAUCAGAACUUUAUGCAAAGUCAGGUGCCUUCCACAGCGCCAGGAACACCAGUGAACAGUGGAGCUUCGCAACUACAGGCCAGCCAAAAUGUGCAGCAUGCAGGUGGCCAGGGGUCUGGACCUCCUCAAAAUCAGAUGCAAGCACCACACGGCCCACCAAAUAUGAUGCAGACCAAUCUAAUGGGACUUCAUGGAAAUAUGAAUAACCAGCAGACUGGUGCUAGUGGGGUGCCACAAGUUAACAUGGGCAAUAUGCAGGGACAGCCUCAGCAAGGACCACAGUCUCAACUUAUGGGAAUGCAUCAGCAAAUUGUAUCCUCUCAAGGGCAGAUGGUGAACAUUCAGGCUCAGGGAUCACUGAACCCUCAAAACCAGAUGAUACUUUCUCGAACUCAACUGAUGCCGCAAGGCCAAAUGAUGGUAACACCACAAAACCAAAAUCUUGGUCCUUCGCCUCAAAGGAUGACCCCACCAAAACAGAUGAUUCCCCAGCAGGGACAACAGAUGAUGUCUACACACAAUCAGAUGAUGGGACCUCAAGGCCAGGUCUUGUUACAGCAAAACUCAAUGAUGGAACAGAUGAUGACCACUCAGAUGCAAGGAAAUAAACAGCCUUUUAGUACCCAAAACCAGUCCAAUGUUAUGACGGGGCCAGCUCAAUUGAUGAGAGGACCAACCCCAAACAUGCAAGGAAACAUGGUGCAAUUCAGUGGGCAGAUGAUGGCACAGCAAGGCCCUGUGAAUGGUAAUCCUUCUCAGGUUAUGGGAAUUCAAGGGCAAGUUUUAAGACCUACUGGACCUGGCCCCCACAUAUCUCAGCAGCUUGGGGAUACUACUACUACAGCAAGUAAUGAUGUGAACUUGACACAGAUGUUACCUGAUGUUCCUGUGCAGCAACCAAAUAUGGUACCUUCCCAUAUGCAAGCAAUCCAAGGAAACAGCAAUGCUUCGGGGAGUCAUUUCUCUGGACAUGGGCUGCCUUUCAAUACCCCAUUUAGUGGAACACCAAAUGGGAAUCAAAUUUCCUGCGGACAGAAUCCUGGUUUUCCUGUCAAUAAAGAUGUCACUCUCACAAGCCCACUCUUGGUUAACCUUCUACAAAGCGAUAUAUCUGCCGGACACUUUGGCGUGAACAACAAACAGAAUAAUCAGAAUGCCAAUAAGCCGAAGAAGAAGAAGCCUCCAAGGAAGAAAAAAAAUAAUCAACAGCUAGAACAAACAAAUUCUUCAGAACCACGACCAGCUGGCCUGGAAGAGAAUGAUCAGUCAUCAAUGCCUGGAGAGCAGGGAAUGAAUUUAGAUAAUACGGGCCCUAAACUUUCAGAUUUUGCAAGUAGGCCACCAGGCUAUCCAUCUCAGCCGAUGGAACAAAGACAACUUCAGCAGAUGCCACCUCAACUUAUGCCACAUACACAGCAGCCUCAGCCACAGCAGCAGCAGCAACCACAGCCACCACCACAGCAGGCACAGGCGCCACCACAGACGCAGCAGCAGCAAAUGAUGAUGAUGCUUAUGAUGCAGCAGGAUCCCAAAUCAGUCAGGCUUCCCGUACCACAGGGAGUUCAUCCACCGAGAGGGCCUCUGAAUGCAGAUGCUCAACGAAUGCCAAUGCAGCAGAGCGGUAACAUGUCAGUAAUGGUUAACUUACAAGGGCCUGGAUCAGUGCCUCCGUCUCCUGAUAAACAGAGGAUUUCCUUGCCAGGCAAUCCUUCUCUGGGAAGUAAUGCAAGAAAAAUGGUUUAUCAAGAUAAUGUACAGAAUCCUUCCAGCUCACCUCUAGGAGAGGUUUCAUCAGUAUCCUCCCUUCCCGAAGGAGGUGGAGCUGAAGGCCCACCAGCAUCAGGAGCUCAGAAUAAUUUGACGUCUCAUUUAGUAGUUUCACAAAACCAGUUAAUGAUGACUGGACCCAAACCUGGACCAUCCCCGCUUUCAACAGCCCAAGGUGCAAGUCCUCAGCAGCAAUCUAAUUCUCUGCCUGGCGCUCUUGCACACCAUUUUCCAAAUGUUGCCACCCCAUCGCAAACUUCAAGGCCUAAAACCCCAAACAGAGCAAGCCCAAGGCCGUACUAUCCUCAGACUCCUAAUAACCGUCCACCUAGCACAGAGCCUUCAGAAAUAAGCUUGUCUCCAGAAAGGCUCAAUGCUUCUAUAGCUGGUCUUUUUCCUCCACAAAUUAAUAUUCCUUUACCUCCCAGGCCUAAUCUCAAUAGAGGAUUUGAUCAGCAAGGUCUUAAUCCGACUACUCUGAAAGCCAUUGGACAAGCCCCGUCAAAUCUCACAGUUAACAAUCAGUCUAGUUUUGCUGCUCCACAGCCACACAAAUUGGAAGGUGUGGUUAUUAAUUCAGGAAAGCAAACCAAUACUGGAGGAACAAAGAGAGCAAGUCCGAGCAAUAGUCGAAGGUCCAGUCCUGGAUCCAGUAGGAAAACCACACCAAGCCCUGGCAGACAAAAUUCAAAAGCAGCGAAGUUAGCAUUGACAACUCAGCAGAAUCCACCUCUCUUACAGAGCAUGGAAUUACAAAGAAAUAUGAUGGUUGGCCCCUCUUCUUUGCCAACACCUGUGACUACAAGUUUUCAAAAUAAUAGCAUGCUAAAUCAGAAUCCUGCAAUUUCUGUUCCUGUUCUGACUGGCAUUCCUGAGGAUGGUAAAGAGAGCCUUAGUGUUCCUCAAGAUAAUGAGUGUCAAAAUGCACAAGGGGUCCCAGGUAACAAAGACCCGCCCAAUAUUGAACUGAAAGGCGUCCCUACCCCAGAAGUAAAAAUGUUGGUUCCAGAAGAACAGUUGAAAAAAGAUGGACAGUCCUUAGACACUAGUAAGCUUCCUGGCUUGGAGGAAAGCAAACCCAUGGUAUCUCCAGCUAUGAGGGAGGCACCAACUUCUUUAAGUCAACUUCUUGAUAAUUCUGGAGCUCCUAAUGUAACCAUUAAGCCGCCUGGGCUGACUAGUCUUGAAAUGGCACCAAUAGUCCCUGCUGGGGAGGAACUAAAGAAGAUAGCUGUCAUUCCUCCGCUACAAGAUUCAUCCUCUAACAAAGAGCCUUCUAAUUCACUUAGUUUGCCUCAAAAUAACGAGUCCUGUUCAAAUCCAGGACACCAGGAACUGGGAGAAAUAAACUCAAGUGUUACACAGAAUGUUCCUCCAGUAAUACCAAGGCCUGUCAGCUCUUCUUCAAUUUCAGCUCCUUUACCACCCAACCAGAUAACAGUUUUUGUAACUUCAAACCCCAUUACUUCUUCUGCUAAUACAUCAGCACAACUGCCAUCUCACUUGCAACCUACAUUAGUAUCUACUGUUGUCACAAUGCCUAAUGUAGGGAACAAAGUUAUGGUUUCUGAGGGGCAGUCAGCAGUUCAGUCUAAUGCCCGGCCACAGUUUAUUACACCCGUUUUUAUAAACUCAUCAUCAAUAAUUCAGGUUAUGAAAGGCUCUCAACCAAGUACGAUUCCAGCAGCCCCAAUAACUUCUAACUCUAGUCUAAUGCCUCAGUCGGUGGCAGUUGUUGGUCCUUUGCAUAUACCACAGAACAUAAAAUUCUCAUCUGGGCCUGCUCCUCCUAGCACAUCAUCUAGCAGCCCUGUUUCUAAUGUUCCAGCAAGCAGGCCUCUGGUUCUUAAUCCAAUGGUGCCUCCUAUUCAGCUGCCUUCUCCUGCUACAACUUCUUCAAAUGUUCCUCCACAUCUUCCUGCUCAACAAGUCAAAGACUUUGGCCCAGAUGAGGCUUCUUCUCAAAGCGGUGGGACAACUGACCAGUGUUCUGUUACUGCAACGCCGUCUGGACCUGGUGUUUCACCUCUCCUUACAAGUAGUCCAGGAUCUGGGAAUAGACGAAGUCCUGUUUCAUCAAGUAAGGGAAAGGGAAAAGUAGACAAGAUUGGCCAACUUUUGCUGACUAAAGCAUGCAAGAAAGUCACUGGCUCCCUUGAGAAAGGAGAAGAACAAUAUGCUUUGGAUGGAGAAGCAGAAGGUCAGGGACUAGAAAUGUCAGUCCCAAAUAAUUUGGGAACAGAGCAAUCACCAGCAGAAUUGGACAAUAAGACUGUGACACCUCCAGCACCCAGUCUUAUAAAACAGAGCACUUCUGGGCCUGGCAAUCUGAGUGUUAGCGCUGCUGCUGUUUCUGCUUCUGUAUCUCCAAGCUUACCAACAAACACUCCCCCUACAAACGUACUGUCGGUUGUAACCACUCCAGGAAUCCCAGAACUUGCGCCUGCAACACCAAGUACUAAUGGUAGUAACCAUGGCAGUUUACCAGCUGAACAAAUGGGGAUUGGUUUGGUGGAGGAAAAAACAGGAGCACAUCAGGAACUGCUCCAAAAUACAGCAUCCUCUCAACACUUAGCCCAGAAAAAAAGUUCAGUUACAACAUCAGAAAGUACUGUUCAAAGAACAGAACUUGAAACAAAUGCUCCAGUAGUUGCUGGUCAAAGUAAUGAGACAAAAGAGAAUUGUGAAAAGUCUAAAACUCCAAGUAGAAGAAAUUCAAGAACAGAGGAUUCUGCUGCUUCACAAGAAACUGUAGAGAAUGGACAGCGCAAGAGGUCCUCCAGACCAGCUUCUGCAUCCAGCACUGCAAAAGGUAAAAUGCACAGCCGUCAUUACUGUGGAGAGGGCAGAAAGUGAAGUACUUCCCAAAAUAAUAACCCUUUCAAUAACUGGGUCGUAACUAUGGUUUACAGCUUGUAAAUAUUGUGUGCUUUUAACUCUAGUUUCAAUGAUUUAGACACAGGUUGGUGUUAAAACAUUUGCAUAAAUCUGUAUUGGCAGUAAAUUUUGUUGUAUGAAUUUUUCCAUUGUUAAAUUUGUGGAAUUUUUCUGCAGUACUAAUCAACUUAGCAUUCAGAAAUCUUACCUAGCUGAAGUAGAAUUCUCUUGGCGUAAAUUUGUUGACAUUAAAAGGUCUGUACUCAAGCAAAAAGUGACUUUUUUUUUUUUCCUGAAAUCUGAAAGACAUGAGACAAAUGCUUAAGUCUUCCCUAGUGCAUGGUCAGCUUUUGCAAAGCCAAUUUAUUGCCUCUGUCCUGGCAUGCCUAGCAUGCUGUCUGGUUGACAAUCUGGGAGCAUAGAGGAGUGCUAUGUGCUAAUGCACAGAUCCUCAACUGUUCUUUCCACGAACAUAUGGAAUCCUAAAGUUACAGUUAUUAACCCAUGUCAUUAGCAGUUGCUGACGUGCCUUAUUUCUAUACGGGUUUCAACCUUUAACAAAGUAUGCAGCAUUUGUGUGAUAUACACGUUCAUUACCAGAAUGCAUGGUCUACAGUGCCGUUUUGCAUUUCUGAAGCUAACUGUGUCAGCUCCUUAUGUUUAAGGAUCAGAAAAGUUCUGAUGGACGAAAAUUGUGCGAGAGGGUAGAGAGAUCAUCAAGAGGAAACAUUCAACCAAUAUUUUAAAGAUAACAUACAGAACAAAGGUAUUAAUUUAAAAUUAUUAUAAAAGGAAGUUGAGUUGAAUUCAGCAACCAUUUUCAAUACUGAAGAUGCUAAAGUUUGGUGGUAAGAAUAUUUGCAUUUUAAGAGCUUCAGAGAAGAUUUGCAGCCUCACAGAAUUGUGUAAUAACUCUCAAAGAUUACACGAAGGGACCUAUGUGUUCUGCAGUUUAGUGGCUGGGGGGUUUAAUUAAAUUUGCUUCUUGUGGCAGGAUUGUGCAAAAGACUCUAAGGCUGUAUUGUAAAAACAAAUUAUCUUUCAUGAUUGUGAAGAAAAGUUUGAAAAUUUGAAUGAAAUGUAAACUUGAUUCAGUAAUAGCUUGAUAUUCUUUGAGGCAACCUGAAACAACGGGUCUGAAAAGUGUGACUGGCCCCACGUAUUGUAAUGAGUAAACCUAAAGAUGACAACCAGUGGCAUGUCAAAACCUGAAAAUGUGGGAACAUUAAAAUACAUUAAAUAAUACCAGAACUAAUUUAGAUAUUUUUUUGUACUGACUGUAUUAUUCAUUUAGAUCUGUAAGUAAAAAUCAUUGUUUUUAAAACAUGUGUCUGAAAUUGCCACAGUAUCCAAGAGUCUUGUUUGAAAACGUAGGUCCAGCAUACCAUGUAGUACCCUAGGUUUUGAUUAUCUUAUCUCCGUGUUAACAACUGUCUACUUCAGUCAUAGACAAAAUGAGCAAAACAAGACUCUCUUGUGCAAGAGCACAGUUUGAAUGACUAGUUACAUAGCUGAUGAAGGGUGAAGAUGUUUGCCACUUGUGCCUACUCUGUUCUACUUUUUUAUUAGUUAUGAUAGCUAAGAAAGCAUAUUUGUUUUGUAUGCUCCUGGCCUUCACCUAGAUAUCUAUGGUUGCAUAUACAGAUACAUUAUCUAUGUCUUUAGAAACUUACUAGUCGAUGUUAAAGGGAGUAGAGGGUUGGGAGAAAAUACUUUCUGAAAUAUAGACUGACUAAGGUCCAUAUAAGAACUGGCACUUCUGAAGAACUUAAAUAGAGCAGGGAGAGAAAAUGGUACAUUUUGACCAGUUAGUGUGUAUAUUGCCCUUCCUAAGUAUCAGGAAGGAAAAAGCAGAAGGAUAAUUACAAGGAAGAGGAUGAAAGGAAAGUCAGCCCUAAUCAUUACACACAUCGAACCCUUCAGUUUGCAGGUUUGGGGUAGAAGCGGAUGUGAGAAUGCUGGUAGUGUUCACAAGGUAGUGGUGGCUUCAGAAUUGAGUGACUGGAACAGCUACUGAAUGAUGCUGAAUAUCUGCCCAUUUAUUCUAUCAAGCAAAGAUUUUAGCAGCAGCAGGUAAUACUGCAGCUAGUAUUGCUGGUGACCAAAGUAUUUAAAAGUAGCAUUAUUGCUUGAAAGGUGAGCUCCUCUGACUGUUAAGUCAUACCUGUUAAGUUGUCUUACUUCUGAAAACUGGUACUGUAUUGGUAUUUUCACUUCUUUGAGUACCUUUCCAGCAAGGGCUGUUCCAGCACUUACUGUAGCUUUGGAUUUGUUAAGUUUUGAAACAUUUUUAAUAUAACAUUUAACAGGCAUAGAGUUGUAUACCAUUGUUUUUCUAGUUUUAAAAGUCUUUCUUGCAAAAUUGUUCCCUUUUGAUUCUAAAAUACACAUAACUGAUAGCUUUCAGAAAAUAUUGUAAAGAGCCAAAGAUGCAUUGCCAACAUUUAAAAUUAUGUUUUUUAAAAAUCUAAAGAUGCAAAUAUGCUUAGUCCUUAUUCAAUUCUCUUUCUUUUUGUUCUAAAAUGGAAACUUAGUGCCUUGGUAAGUGCACUGAAAAUGUCAUCUGGUUUCACUGUAGCUUCUGUAAGUACUUCUGGUUGUUCUGCUGAAGUGCUACAAUAUUAUGUAUCUUCCUGCAUAAGCUGUUUUUCUGUUAAUCGUAAUGUACACUUAGGAGACUUGUUUUCCAAUGACCUGACUUUCCAAGGACUCAAACAAAUAGACUCUUAACUUGUGUGGCAGGCUCCAAAAUACCUUUCUAAGAUUUCCUAUAACAUCUCCAAGUACUGUGCUUGGAUCUAAUGUAUGUAGUUUGUGUCCAAAGCUGUACUUAAUGUUUCAUGGAGGCUUAUUUUUGCGUUACAGCUGAGCGAGGUGUGGCAUAUGGGGAAGUAAAGUUAAAGUGUGGUGAAGAUGCAUGACUUCUGUUUCCAAGGCCAUGAUAUUAGGACUUCAUAAAUGUUAACCUCAUGACACUGAAAUUCUGUCCAUGUGUUUGUAACAGAAGUUAGUGGGAUUUUUUGCAUUGUUGUACUGCUGCUAAUGGCUGUAAUCAGGAUGAAGGGUCCAUUUUUGUUAAGUGUUGUGCAAAGUCAAUCCCUGUUCUGUGGAACUCAUGGUCUUAAGUUUUCACUCUGGUGUGAUUUUAGAAAAAUAAAAGGGCAGUCUGUGCACCUCUCAUGAAUGGCUUACCAACUUAGUAUCCAUGCUUUUUUUUCUUCUCUUAAUUUCAGAAACGAGUGCCAGUGCAAUGCAGUCAAAAAGAAGAAAAUCCAAGUAAAUUACUGCAUGGAAACAUGAAACUUGUAAAUGAGUGUGAAUUUACCAAUAGCAAUUUUGAGCUGUGAUUUUUCUUUUUUAAAUAAAAUUCUGUACAGUAAGUCAUUUUAA